GUACAUGCAUGAUUUUAUAGGAAAAGCUCUUUAAUACUUUUUAUGGUUAAUAAAUUAUCUUCCAAACAUGUAUUGGCCAUAUCCUUGGCAGUUACAACUCCUAUACUUAUAGGGCUUAUAUAUUACAAAUAUAAAAAAAAUAAAAUACAAAUUUCGAAGGAAGAUAAGAAAGCUGAAACUAUACUUGAUAAAGAUAUAGAAAUUGUGGACAAGCCACCUUUUGAGAAAGCAAUUGAUCUUAAAUUAGAAGGGAAUGAAUAUGUUAAAAAUGGAAAUUAUGAAGCAGCUAUUAACAAUUAUACUGAGGCUAUAAAAUUAUGUCCAGCUAUAAAAACGGAUGAUUUGGCAACUUUUUACAAUAAUAGAGCAGUAGCAUUUUUUCAUGAGAAAAAUUAUGAAAAAACUAUAGAAGAUUCCACAAAAGCUUUUGAAUUAAAAAAAUCAUAUCCAAAAGCUCUGUUUAGAAGAGCUGUAGCUCAUGAAAAGCUUGAUCAUUUUAGUGAGGGCUACAUAGAUAUCACUGCUGUAUGCUUUCUUGAACAAUUUUCUAACAUGGAAACUUUGCAAGUUGCUGAUAGAAUUUUAAAAAAAAUGGCUAAGGAAAAGGCAAAAGAGUAUACAAAGACUAGAAACCCUGAAUUGCCAGCAGAAAAAUUUAUCCACUCAUUUAUCCAAUCCUUUAAUUGUGAUCCAGUAUUUAAUUAUAAUAUUCAAAAAACUACCUUCCCUAAUGCAAAUGAUAGCAUGGAAGAAAAUGAACAUGAAAACAUUUAUCACUCCUUGCCUAACUCACCACAUAGUGUUAAUCCAAUACAAAAUGGCAUGACUUUCACUGAUGACACCACACCCAAAAUUAAUCAUAAUAACAUAUUAAAUGAUAGCUCAUUACAAAAUUUAAAGGAUUAUCAAUCUGGUGAUAAUGAAGCACCUGGAAACAAAAUAAAGGAAAAUAAUAUAGAACUGCUUAAAGCAUUAGAGUUGUUACAUUAUCAAGAAUAUAAAGUUGUCAUAAAAAAUUGUAAAAACUAUUUAGCCAAACAAGCUCUCACUAAAUCUAUCCUCAAAGUGUUUUUGAAGGAAUUUGAUGAAAAAUUAAAUACAGAUAUCGAGCCAAGUUUAAUAAACGAACAGGAUUUAUUGAUGGCCCUAUUACUCUCAACCUUUUAUCUACUCAUGGGAGACAAAUCAGCCAAAUCUAAUUUUGAAUUUUUAUUGGACCUAACUAACCAAGUCGAUCAUAAAGUUGAUAUGGAACUUUUGAAAGAUAUAAAAUUCACUGAUUCCGCUCUCACACUUUUAAAAGAUCAUAAGUUUGCCGCUAAUUUAUUGAUUAAAAUUGCUAGUUGCACAACCCAAGAAUGCGAUUCGGAAGAGGCCUUAGGAUUUUUUGACAGAGCAAUCAAAUUAGAUCCGAAUAAUUGUGAUAUUUUUUAUCAUAGAGGCCAGUUUCAAACUCUAUUUGGUCAUUAUGACAAAGCAAAAACCGAUUUUGAAUUUGCUGCUUCUCACUCCACUCCAAAUCUGUCAUCCAUUUUGCCAUCCAUCCAAAGAGACUACACGCGUUUCAAAAUUUUUCUCGCCGAGUCAACCGGGUCCGAUACUGAAGCAUCCGCCGAAUUUAGUUCGGGUGUAUCACUACGCAACUUCCCCACAGGUCUAUCAGGUUUAGGGCCAACUCUUAAUAAAGAACAGCAAACCGAAUUAGCUGAAAAGGCUACAAAAUUGAUACAUGACGGCAUUGAAACAACUCUUAAAGAUUGUUUGAUCAAUUUGAUGCAAAAUUCUACCUCUUUAUCGGCUAACGGAUUUGAGUUUGGACCGCAUUGUUACAAUAAAGAAAUGUUGGAAAUGAUAAAAGGCCAAACCGACAAGGGGGAAAAUUUUUCUGAAGCUCACGUUUUUUUGGCGCAAGCUUACUCCGACAUUAUGAAUUACGAUAAGGCCGAAAUGCAUUUAAAUUUAGCUUUAGAAACAGAUCCUCAGAAUUUCAGUGUGCUAGUGCACUUGGCUCUCCUUAACCUGCAAAAGUUAAACCUAGAAACUAGUAACGCCAGUAAUCAAGAAUCCCAAGUUAAGAUUGCUAUAGAAUACAUCCAUAAAUGCUUAGAUAUCGAGCCUAGAUGUGAAUUUGCUUACGAAACGCUGGGAACAAUAUACAUGCAAAGCGGUAGAUUUCAAGACGCAUUGGCAAAUUUUGAGAAAGCAAUGCUGUACGUAAAAAGUGAAUUCGAAUUGGCUCAUUUAAUCGCUAUGCGUGAAACUGUGUUAGCUCAAAAAAAGGCCCUUCAGCUCUUAGGAAUGUCCAUAUAAUAACAUCAUUAAUUUUUAAUUCAUUUUUUUUCCAUAAUAUUUGAUUUUAUAGAUUUUUUUUAUAACACUUGUCAACAAAUCAAUCCUAGUUCUCUGUUAAAGCGUAUAUUUUUCGUCGUUUAUUAUAAUACCUUUUAUAUGCUGCCGUAAACCAAAUCACAAUUAUUAAAGUAGGUAAUAAUUUACUAAUUUGAAAUUUUUUUAAAUUUUAAAUAAAUUUUAUAAUUUUAAGCUAUCCUUAUUAAAAACAUU